UACUUUUCUGCACGCGGAAGCAACGGUCCAGCAUCUACAUAUCAGCAUUGUGAUUGUCUUCGCCUACAGCGCCUUCCCUGAUGCUGCGAGGAGUCAAUCCAUCCACAUUCCGGUUCGUUUCUUUGGCAGAAACGUGCAGUUGGAGUUCUGAAAUUGCAUAGAGGAGGAAGAAACAGCAGGAUUAGGGCAGAGAUGGAGAGAGCAUUCAAUCAUGUUAAUGGAGAGUCGGUUAACUCUGUGGAUGUGUAUGGUGAGGAUAAGGCUUCUGAGGAACAAACUUUAACUCCGUGGUCCGCGUCUAUUGCAAGUGGGUAUACUUUACUGCGUGAUCCACGGUACAACAAAGGAUUAGCCUUCACCGAAAAGGAAAGGGAUGCUCAUUACUUGACAGGGCUUCUCCCUCCAGCAGGCUUUACUCAAGAUCUUCAGGAGAAGCGGAUGAUGGCCAUUCUGCGUGACUAUAAGGUGCCACUGCAGCGGUAUAUGGCCAUGAUGGAUCUCCAGGAGAGGAAUGAAAAGCUGUUUUACAAGCUACUCAUAGAUAACGUUGAAGAAAUGCUUCCCGUGGUUUAUACUCCUACAGUUGGUGAGGCCUGCCAGAAGUAUGGUAGCAUUUUCAGGCGUCCUCAGGGUCUCUAUAUCAGCUUGAAAGAGAAGGGAAGAAUUCUUGAAGUUUUGAAAAAUUGGCCCGAAAAGUCUAUCCAAGUUAUUGUGGUAACUGAUGGCGAGAGGAUCUUAGGCCUUGGCGAUCUUGGGUGCCAGGGCAUGGGUAUUCCUGUUGGAAAACUAUCUUUGUAUACGGCUCUUGGGGGAGUUCGUCCAUCAGCUUGCUUGCCUAUAACUAUUGAUGUUGGGACAAACAAUAAGAAGUUGCUGGAGGAUGAAUUCUACAUCGGUCUGAAGCACAAACGAGCAACUGGACAGGAAUAUGCUGAGCUUCUAGAAGAAUUCAUGGUAGCAGUUAAACAAGUUUAUGGAGAGAAAGUCCUGAUACAGUUUGAAGAUUUUGCAAAUCACAAUGCCUUUGAGUUACUCGCCAAGUACCGGACAAGCCAUCUUGUGUUCAAUGAUGAUAUCCAGGGCACUGCCUCCGUGGUUCUUUCCGGGCUUCUCGCCGCUUUGAAACUAGUUGGUGGGAAUUUGGCGGAUCAUACUUUCUUGUUCUUGGGAGCUGGAGAGGCGGGGACGGGUAUAGCUGAGCUUAUUGCUCUUCAGAUGUCGAAAAAGACAAAUGCUACAAUUGAAGAGGCUCGGAAGAAAAUAUGGCUUGUGGACUCCAAGGGGCUGAUCGUUAGCUCCCGCAAAGAAUCCCUUCAGCACUUCAAGAAGCCUUGGGCUCACGAGCAUGAACCUGUUAAGGAUCUUUUGGAUGCUGUUAAGGCCAUAAAACCAACAGUUCUAAUCGGAACGUCCGGAGUUGGUAAAACAUUUACGAAGGAAGUCGUUCAAGCCAUGGCAUCUUUCAACGAGAAACCUCUCAUCCUCGCUCUGUCGAACCCAACCUCCCAAGCCGAAUGCACGGCAGAGGAAGCUUACACAUGGAGUGAGGGUCGCGCCAUAUACGCUAGCGGAAGCCCAUUCGAUCCGGUGGAGUUCAAUGGAAAACUGUUCAUGCCUGGACAAGCAAACAAUGCUUACAUAUUCCCCGGCUUCGGGUUGGGCUUGAUAAUGUCUGGGACAAUUCGCAUACACGACGAUUUGCUUUUGGCAGCAUCUGAAGCUUUGGCAGCCCAAGUGUCGGAGGAGAACUUCGCAAAAGGACUAAUAUACCCUCCCUUCACAAACAUCCGAAAGAUUUCAGCUCACAUUGCAGCUGAAGUUGCUGCGAAAGCAUACGAACUUGGUUUGGCUUCGCGUCUCCCUCGCCCAAAGGACCUUGUUAAGUAUGCAGAGAGUUGCAUGUAUUCUCCAGUUUAUGGUAGCUAUCGCUGAUCACCGACCGAUCAUUUGGCCCGACAACGAAUAAUUCAAUUUGUUCUUGAGCUAGAAGCAGUAUCUUCACUAUUAUUUCCUGAUUCUUUGUUGUUUCUUUUGUGAGAACUUGCGUUGCUGUUCUUUUGUACAAUUGUAUGAGCAUUGCAUUGAUUUGCAGAAUUAAUUCAUGUUGUAAUGUAACACUGGCCGCGUUAGUAGUUUGUAUUUUUUGCUCA